GUUAUCCAGUAAAGACAAUCAUGGUCAAGGAAACAGGCUUUUACGACACCUUGGGUGUGAAACCGAAUGCCACUCCUGACGAACUUAAAAGAGCCUAUCGCAAACUAGCUUUAAAAUAUCAUCCCGACAAAAAUCCUACAGAAGGAGAGAAGUUCAAGCAGAUCUCACAGGCUUAUGAGGUGUUGUCAGAUGCCAAGAAGAGAGAGCUGUAUGACCGUGGAGGUGAAAAAGCAAUAAAGGAAGGGGGGACUGGUGGGGGUGGUAGUGGGAGCUUUGCAUCACCCAUGGACAUCUUUGACCUGUUUUUUGGUGGAGGCAGUCGGAUGCACAGAGAGCGAAAAGGAAAAAAUAUUGUUCAUCAGAUUACAGUGACGUUGGAAGAUCUUUAUAACGGAGCGACUAGAAAACUUGCUCUCCAAAAGAACACUAUUUGUGAGAGAUGUGAAGGUCGUGGGAGUCGGAAAGGGGCUGCGCAGAUGUGCAUGACUUGUCAUGGCACAGGCAUGCAAGUCCGCAUGCACCAACUCAUACCUGGGAUGGUCCAGCAGAUGUCCACAGUGUGUAACAGCUGUCAGGGCCAAGGACAGAGAAUCAGCCACAAAGACCGCUGCAAAGCAUGUGCAGGGCGAAAGAUCCUGCGCCAGAAGAAGAUCCUUGAGGUCCACAUUGACAAAGGAAUGAGAGAUGGCCAGAAGAUCGUUUUCCACGGAGAGGGUGACCAGGAGCCAGGAAUUGAGCCGGGUGACAUCAUAGUCGUUUUGGACCUGCGGGAACAUUCAACUUUUACUAGGAAAGGAGAGGACCUGGUCAUGUCAAUGGAGUUACAGCUGGUUGAAGCUCUGUGUGGAUUCAAAAAACCUGUUCAGACACUAGACAACAGAACUCUCCUCAUCACUUCACCUCCAGGAGAAUUGAUCAAGCCUGGAGACACGAAGUGCGUCGCAAAUGAAGGGAUGCCAAUGCAUCGCAGACCGUUUGAGAAGGGGCGCCUAAUCAUUCACUUCUCGGUGGUGUUUCCACAAGCCAACUUUCUUCCAAACAACAAGCUGAAGGAGCUGGAGGACUACCUCCCAGAGAAGCUGGACCCAGAGCAGCCUGAAAGCAUGGACGAUGACCUCUACAUCUACGCCGACCUCGAGGACUGUGACUUUGAGAACAGAAAGAGACAAAACCAUCAGCACUACUACAUGGACGAAGAUGACUACGCCAGCACUGGAGGCGUUCAGUGCCAGACAUCUUAAAAAUAUCACCCGGGCUCUUCUCAUUCCAGAAGCCCUCCUCAUCAUCUCUUAGCAAAGCACCUUUCUGGAAGUUUGUGCACUUUUUUUUUUUUUUUAUUUAAUUACUUCUCUUAAAAUCAUAACGGUUUACUUGUUUUAAGUUAACUCUAAGGCAGAGUCAUAGAACUGGGUCCCACCACCCUUCUAAUUUAUCAUAACAGCUCGUAUAGAGCUAGACUGGAGAAUGGCACUACAUGUCAUCUAUGGGACAAUAUCUUAUUUUAUUUUUUGUUAUUCCAAUCACACUGUGAUUAGAGACCACGGCUGGUAUUGCAGGGACCUCAGAAGAAAGAAAGAAAAGACUGCCUGCUUUUUAUACAGUUACACUGAAGAUGAUGCCAAUAUUAAUGUAAAAUAACUUUUUUUUUUUUUCUUUUUUUUUAAAUUGUUACAUAAUAAGCUGUUUUGUGAACCACUUGUUGACUUGUUGAAUCUGUUGUCUGUGAGAACUCAACCUGUACAUGGUGGCUGAGGCAGAUGUGCAUUCAGGCUUCAGUUAAUCAUCUAAGCUGGGUAACCCUUUAAAGGGCUAUUUUGUAGACAUUUCUAAAGAAUCUUGUAAAUGUGAGUCGGAGGUAAAGGUAAUACUGAUUCAGGUGUGGCAGAGUGAAGGUUCAAGCCACCAAAAAGAGGAUUAUUCAAACAUAUUCGAAGUAGGUUCAGUGCUUCAACUUUGAACUUCUAAUCAACUGAUUGAUACACCACACUUUGUUUUGGACUGCUUGGAAAGUAGAACACGUAUGCUGCUAACUGCUGGCCAGGUAUUCAGAAGCAAAAGGUACAGAUAAGUGAGGAGUCACAUUUCUUAAAAAUGUAGAGCCAGCAGGAUUGAGAGAGAAAAUAUUUCACAUUUUAACUCUUAAUUUUUUGCCAAGCAUUUUUCUGUGUUCCAGAUUUGAGGUGUUUUUAUUUUUUAUUUUUAGUAAUCAGCAUAAUUCAGCAAACGUGCUUCAUAAAAAAAGUCCUCUAGAAAAGUUUGUCUUCUAAAAAAAAGUGUCAAGUUGCUCCCAAGUUUUACAGGAAAAAAAAGUGGCUGAUGUCCCUGUGGUUUUAAGGUUGAAUGUUUUUUAAAUGAUUUUUUUUUUGGUUUGUGAUUUUAAAAUCUAGAAGAUUAAGAGUUCAGUUGUUUCUCUGGCCUGUUUAAACUUAAAUCAAACUAAAGACAUUAACCUGUUGGCAGAAUUUUCGCUCAUGUUGGCUCACGAGUGCAUCUGUGUCACAUUUAUAGUCCUUAUUGUAAAUGCCAAAUGCGUCAAUGAGAGGUUAUUUAGGACUUCAAAAAACCACAGCUGAUACCUCAUUGAAGAGUCUAUCUGUUUGAAAGCCUUAUCAUAUCACUUGAAGCUACUCGAUAAUGCAGUUCUUCUUUUUUAAUAUUGAUUUUGUUUGCCUUGGAUGUUUUAAAACAACUAUGCUCACCAGAAAGGAGAUUCCUGAAUUUCUUUCAGCGAUGCAAAUUUACGAGUCUGGACUCUAUUAAGUGUUGUCAAGUUCUUCAUUUGACUGUACCCGUAUAAGGACCAAUCAUCUACUUGUUUUUGUUUUCUAAUUAAAUGCAGUUUGAUGGUCUCUA